GAAGAAAACAAACAUACCCGGGAACACGGUGCAGGGCGAGGAGAUAUCUAUUAUUUCAGACGGAACGAGAUCGGUAAGUGAAGAUAGCAGACAGUUAGCAUGCACUCUACAGGACAAUAUUUAUAAUCUGGAUGAAUUCUUUCCAUCUGUGGACACUUCUGGACUAGAGGAAUAUUAAUAAACCAGGAAAGGACGGGGAUUGAACGUUUAGGACAGACUACAGCUCGUCUGUGGUAAGACACACUUCUGACUUCAGGACAUCCGUCUGGAAUUACUUCCCACUGAAGAACAAGAAUGAGUUCUCCACAAAAGAAACAGAUAGGAGGAGAGGGACCCAAAUGUCACCACUGUCAACACUGUGACAAAUCCUUCACAUCAUCUGGAUAUUUAAAGAUUCAUCAGAGAGUUCACACUGGACAGAAUCUACACAGCUGUGAUCAAUGUGGGGCAGCUUUCACGCUACAGAGUACCCUAAAAAACCACCGACGUGUUCACACUGAAGAAAAGCCGUACAGCUGUGAUCAGUGUGGGGCGGCUUUCACACAACAGGGACACCUAAAAAGCCAUCAACGCAUUCACACUGGAGAAAAGCCUUACAGCUGUGAUCAAUGUGGGGCAGCUUUCACACUACAAAGUACCCUAAAAAACCACCGACGUGUUCACACUGAAGAAAAGCCAUACAGCUGUGAUCAAUGUGGGGCAGCUUUCACACAACAGGGACACCUAAAAAGCCAUCAACGCAUUCACACUGGAGAUAAACCUUACAGCUGUGAUUUAUGUAGUGAAUCCUUUUCUAGGAGUGGUAGCCUAGAAAGCCACCGACGUGUUCACACUGGAGAGAAGCCGUACUGGUGUGAACAAUGUGGGAAAACUUUUUCUGAGAGUAGUGACCUUAAAAAACACCAGCGCAUUCACACUGGAGAGAAGCCGUACUGGUGUGAACAAUGUGGGAAAACUUUUUCUCAGAGUAGUAACCUUAAAAGACACCAGCGCGUUCACACUGCCUCGUAGUGAACAUGUUUCAGAGCCAAGCUGUUUCCUCCUCCUCCUCCUCAUGCCCUGAUAGCUGUGUUGUUAUAUUCUGAUCUUCUCUCCUCAUUGAAGGCUGACCAGCAGUAUCUUUAUCUUCUGAACAGCAUGUAUGUUAUCCUGGCUACGACCACAUAAAACACUCCCUCCCUUUUGAAGGGAUUAAUUUCACUCAAAAUUAGCGGUUAUUCCUGUAAUAAAAUAAUUUGAGUUCAGGGUUCAACUGCUAGCGCUAUUUAACUAAUGCUGAGUAUUUGUUCUUAAUUGAAAAAAUCUCAUCACUGUUUACUAAGGUAAUGUCAAAUUGGAGAAGUAUUUAGUCUAUUGUCCGUUAAGACGAAGAAAAGAAGCAAAUCUUCAUAACUGGGAAGUUUUAAUCAGAACAUGGCUGCUGCUGCUGCUUAAAAAGCGAUGUGUUUAAACUGUGUCUGUGCUGCCGCCAUCUUGGGACGAACAACUGAUCUUAAAGACUUAGAUUGUUGUACUGCUUUUGGAUGUUCAUGUAAAAGAAAUGUUAAACAAAGCAACAUGGAAUUACAUUUCACAGAUGAAAAAUGUGUUACAAUAUGAUACUAUUACGAAAGCGUUGACUGUCCUGACUGUCCUGAUACUGAGUUAAGCUAAUGCUAGCUUGUGUCAGGUAAAGUAUUUAUUUCAGUAAUUAGUAAUACCUCAGUAAGAUGCUGAAAAUGAUGUUCGUUUUGUGUGUUACUGAACAGUUUCUUUAAUUGCAGAUAGACUUCCAGCCUCCGUAGACACACAUGCAUUAGGAUGAACAUAAUGUUCGUUAGGAAGCAGCCAAUGUGGUAUCUACGUAUAUAUACAUAUAUCUAUGGUAUCCCACAGGCUUCUUCAGUGGAUUAGACACAUGAGAACAGGUGGUUGUAUUCGGGGGGAAGUUUGCGAGCAUUUGGCUAAUUCUGGCAUUUUUAACCCAUGUAUAAUCAUUUGUUUUAUUAAUUUGCUCUGUCCUCUUAAAUAAACUGA